AGUUUAACCCGUCAUUUCCGCUUCCUUAAGUGAAAACGAGAUCGUCGAAAUUUUCUCUCAGAUGCUCUUUAGCCACUUGUGAAUGGUUUAAACAUCAAGAUUAAAAAGCAAGAAUGUCAAAACUGGAGCAAGUCCUUCAGUUAGAGCCGUAUCACGAGCUGCGAUUCAAAGGACCAUUCACUGACGUUGUAACGUCUGAGUUGGUUUUAAAAAAUCCUUUGGAUAAAAAAGUAUGUUUCAAAGUAAAAACUACGGCUCCAAGGCGCUACUGUGUCCGACCAAAUGGUGGAAUCAUUGAUCCCAACUCUACCGUAACCGUUGCAGUAAUGCUACAACCAUUCGAAUACGAUCCAAAUGAAAAAAAUAAGCAUAAAUUUAUGGUUCAAACUAUGAUUGUACCAGAAGGCCAUAUCGAAAACUUGGAAAAUUUGUGGAAAAAUGCCUCUGGCGAAAAAAUAAUGGACUCAAAGCUGAAAUGUGUGUUUGAUAUGCCUGCUCAGGAACAGUUACAAAAUAAUUUGAAUCUAUCCAAAGAAGAGAAUUUAACUACUACAACACCGCAGCUAUUAACACAAGAUGCCCCUGUACCAACUAGAACGAUGGAAACGAGUAGAGACAAGCCCGUCGAUGAUCAGAGGAAAAUGAAGGAUACUUUAGCUCUUUUUCAAAAUGAAAACCAAAAGUUAAAGGACGAAAACGAACGUUUGAAGAAGCUUGUUCAAAAGGAUAGUUUUUCGAAAAAGGCACCUUCUGAUGGGGGACAACUUAGCGAGCAACAAACAGCACUACCAACUGGAAUUCAUGUGGUGGCUGGCAUCAUCCUAAUCUUCGUUGGAAUAACAAUUGCUAAGUUAUUCUUAUGA